CAACACUCUGCUUUUUAUGCUAACCUUUUGCACAGUAAUGGAUAUAAACAUGUCCUUUGCCUUAUUAAAACAAUGAGAACGCUCCUGAAGAUGUUUCCUCGAUCAGGGAAAUCCAUUGUGUUCGCCAAUUUUCCAGACCCCUCGGACACAUGGGAAAUCAUCGAGACCAUUGGAAAAGGCACCUAUGGAAAAGUCUACAAAGUGCUCAACAGAAAUGAUGGAAGCAAGGCAGCUGUCAAAAUACUGGACCCCAUCCAUGAUAUUGAUGAGGAAAUUGAAGCAGAAUACAACAUCCUCAAAGCCCUUUCAGACCACUCCAACGUUGUCAAAUUCUUCGGCAUGUACUACAAGAAGGACCUGAAGUGUGGCGACCAGCUAUGGCUAGUCUUGGAGCUUUGCAAUGGUGGCUCUGUGACAGAUCUGGCCAAAGGCAUGCUAAAGAGAGGAGACAGAAUGGAUGAAGCAAUUAUUGCCUACAUCUUGCACGAAGCACUCAUGGGCCUGCAACACUUGCACAUCAAUAAAACCAUCCACCGAGAUAUCAAAGGCAACAACAUUUUGCUGACCACACAGGGAGGCAUUAAACUGGUGGACUUUGGGGUCUCGGCACAGCUGACCAACACUCGUCUGAGGAGGAACACCUCUGUGGGAACUCCCUUCUGGAUGGCACCAGAGGUAAUAGCGUGUGAACAGCAGUUGGACUCGACUUAUGAUGCCAGGUGUGAUGUGUGGUCUUUGGGCAUCACGGCCAUAGAGCUUGGAGAUGGAGACCCACCUCUGUCUGACCUCCACCCCAUGAGAGCCCUGUUUAAAAUACCCAGAAACCCGCCGCCUACUCUGCACCAGCCCGAGCUGUGGUCAGAUGACUUUAAUGACUUCAUCUGCAAGUGUCUUAUCAAGGACUUUGAGUUGAGACCCAAUGUUGUUGACCUGCUGCAGCAUCCUUUUAUCAAACAGGUCAAAAACAAAGAAAAACUUCUACAAAAACAACUCAUUGAACUCAUCGACCUCAACCAGCAAAUAGGAACCAUUGAAAAAAUACGGCAUGAACGCAUCCACACCAAAAAGGGCAACCACAUGAAGAACCAGAGCGACCCAGACGAGUUGGAGGACCUUGCUACUCUCGAAAUAUUAGACGAGAACACCGUCACGGACCACCUUCAAAACCGCUAUGAGAGGGACGAGAUCUAUACCUAUGUGGGGGACAUUCUCAUUGCAGUCAAUCCAUUUCAUCCGAUGGACAUUUACACUCCUGAGUAUUCUCAGAUGUACAUAGGAGCGAAGCGCAAAGCCAAUCCACCGCACAUAUUUGCAGUGGCAGACAUCGCGUAUCACUCAAUGGUGACGCUGAAUACAGAUCAGUGUGUUGUGAUAAGUGGAGAAAGCGGAGCAGGGAAAACAGAAAGUGCCCAUCUCCUUGUGCAGCAGCUCACGUUUCUUGGAAAGGCAGAUAACAGGACGCUGCAGGAGAAGAUUCUGCUGGUUAACAAUCUGGUGGAGGCUUUUGGAAAUGCAUGCACUGCCAUCAAUGACAACUCCAGCCGCUUUGGCAAAUACUUAGAGAUGAAGUUCACCACCGGGGGAACCGUGGUGGGGGCUCAGAUGUCCGAAUACCUGCUUGAGAAGUCCCGCGUCAUCCACCAAGCCACUGGUGAGAGAAACUUCCACAUCUUCUACUACAUCUAUGCCGGCCUGGCUGACAGAAAGAAACUCGCCCACUACAAGCUCUCUGACAGCAAAAUACCUAAAUACCUGUUUAAUGAGCACAUUAAAUUAGGGCCUGACAUCGUGAGUAACACCUCGUACAAGGAGCAGUUCGAUGCCGUGGAGCAGUGUUUCAAAGUCAUUGGAUUCACCCUUGAGGAGCUGGGCAGUGUUUACAGCAUCCUCGCCGCCAUCCUCAACUCCGGGGAUAUUGAGUUUUCCGCAGUGGCCUCAGAGCACCAGACAGACAAAAGCGACAUUUCUAACAUCUCUGUGCUGGAGAAUGUCGCCUCUCUGCUCUGCAUCCGUUCAGACGAGCUGCAGGAGGCUCUCACCACUCACUGCGUGGUGGCUCGGGGGGAGACCAUCGUGAGGAACAACACGGUGGAGAAGGCCACGGUGGUGAGGGAUGCCAUGAGUAAGGCUCUGUACGGACGCCUCUUCAGCUGGAUUGUCAACCGCAUCAACUCUCUGCUGCGGCCCGACAGCCAGCAAGGGGACGAUGACAAGAGCAUAAACAUCGGCAUUCUGGACAUCUUCGGUUUUGAGAACUUUAAGAAAAACUCCUUUGAACAACUGUGCAUAAACAUCGCCAACGAACAGAUCCAGUUCUACUUCAACCAGCACAUCUUUGCUUGGGAGCAGGAGGAGUACCUAAAUGAGGAGGUGGACGCACGCAUGAUCGAGUACGAGGACAACAGGCCUCUGUUGGAUCUGUUCCUGCAGAAGCCCAUGGGUAUGCUCUCUUUGCUGGACGAGGAGAGCCGCUUCCCACAGGCCACUGAUCAGACGCUUGUAGAGAAAUUUGAAUGUAACCUCAAGGCCAAAAGCUUCUGGCGUCCAAUGAGAGUCGACUUGGGCUUUGGUAUCACUCACUAUGCAGGAAAGGUCACUUACAACGCAGCCGGCUUUUUGGCAAAGAACAGAGACACGCUACCAGCCGACAUUAUCCUGUUACUGAGGUCCUCGGAGAAUACGCUUAUCUGCAAACUCGUCACUCAUCCACUCACCAUAACAGGUAACCUUGCCCACACCAAGGGCAAAGGCAUAAACACACUGCGCAGCCCGCGAGGCACGACACGCACCAGCAACCUCUCCAAGAUGGGGGUACUUUCUUUGUACAGGUCUUGUUCUUUCAUUCAGUCUGACAGAGACACGCCUUACCACCCUCGAGAAACCACUAACAUGAGAACACAAACUGUGGCCUCCUACUUCAGAUACUCUCUCAUGGACCUGUUAUCUAAGAUGGUAGCGGGACAGCCGCAUUUUGUCCGCUGCAUCAAACCCAACAACGACCGGCAGGCAAGCAACUUUGACAGGGAGAAAGUGCUCCUUCAGCUGCGGUACACGGGGGUCCUGGAGACAGCCAAGAUCAGGCGUCAAGGCUACUCUCACCGCAUCCUGUUUGCCAAUUUCAUCAAGAGGUAUUUAAUUUUGGCUUACAAUGCUAACGAGGAGCCACCUGCAACACCGGAAACAUGUUCGGCCAUUUUGGAGAAAGCCAAGCUGGAAAACUGGGCCAUGGGAAAGACAAAGGUGUUCCUUAAGUAUUACCAUGUAGAGCAGCUGAACCUGAUGGUGCAGCAGACCACGCAGCGCAUCAUCCUGCUCCAGGCCUGUGUGCGUGGCUGGUUAAUUGCCAAACGCUACCGCCGCAUGUUAAAGGAGAGAGAACAAAGUGCUUUGGUCAUUCAGUCAGCUUACAGAGGUCAUCAAGUCCGAAAGAAAGUGGCUGAUGAUAAAAGUAAAGCCAAGUUGGAGGCAUUCAUCAUCCAGUUUCAGGCCGUUUGUCGGGGUUAUCUUGCCAGAAGGAAAUACAAAGAGCUGGUGGAUGAGAAGAACAAAGCUGCCACAAAGAUUCAGGCUCGAUACAGAGGGCACAAGGAGAGGAAGAGCUUCCAGAGAAAACGGGAGGCUAUUGAGAAAGAAAAAAACGAGAAAGCUGCUCAAGAAGAACAAAGUGCAGAAUCUGAGAAGGCUUCGGAGGAGGAACCAACACCAGAAGAGAAGAGUCCAGACCAGGUAUCCAACGGUGAUGAUGAAGCCAAGGCAGCUGUGGUGCUUCAGAGCAACUACAAAGGUUACAAGGAGAGAAAGAAGUUUAAGGAGAGGAAGAAGACUAUGGCCGGUGCCGAACUAGAAAUACCAACUGAGACCACAAAGGAGGGGGACAGCGGAGAGGCAGAAACAGCGUCUGAAAAGGAAGAGGAAGAGCUCACAGAAGCGGAAGGAGACUCUGUUAUCGAGAAUAUCCCAGGAGGUGAUGAAGCAAACCAAGAUACUAAUUUGGAAGAUGAGACGAAAGCUGCUACUGUCCUUCAAAGCAAUUUCAGAGGGCACAAAGAGAGGAAGAGGCUACAAGAAGAAGGCAAGAUCCCAGCCAAGAAGGACAAAAGUGCAGAACCAACAGAAGAAGUUAGUAAUGAAGCUAAUGAAGUGACGGAAACUCCAAAAGAAGAAGUAGAUGGAGAACCAGUGGAGGACCAAGAUGGACUAGAUGAAGAGAAGGCUGCUACAGUUCUCCAGAGCAACUUCAGAGGACAUCAGGAGAGGAAGAAGCUGAGAGAAGAGAGGGAGAAGAAGACUCAAGAGGAGAAUGGAGAGGAGAGCAAAGAGGAGGAGGACCAAGGAGGAGAGGUAGAUAUUUCAGAUGUGUUGAUUGAACGCAAAGAAGAGGGUGAUGCCGAGAAGGAGAAGCAGGAAGAGGAGCAGGCCGCAGUCAAGAUCCAGAGCAACUUCCGAGGGUACAAAGAGAGAAAGAACCUCAAAGCCAACAAGCAAAGUGCACAAAAUGAUGCAGAGAUACUGGAGGAGUUCUCUAAAGAGAUCUCACAGGCAGCUCAGGAUUUUGCAAGCAGGCAGCAAAAACUGAACGAGAUGCUCCAGGGCCAUCAAUCAAAGCCGGAGAACAAUGUGAAGGGAAACACAGUGAACGGCCACGCUCCUCCGCAUGCCCAACCAGCAGAGAAGAGGAGCUCAAGGACCCCCCGCAGGUCACAGCAGCCUAAGACACUCAACUCUCCAGAGGACUCCACCUACUACAACCUCAUCCAUCGUUCAGUCCAAGACGAUAAGCGCAGAUCGAGGAAAGAUGGUCCUGGAAAGUUACUCGACAUAGAUGACAAGUACUACCCAGGCCUGUCCCCCACCUCCACCCCAGAGAGGGGCCAGUCUGAGGAGAGGCCAGAGCCUGGGAGCAGAAGUGUGUCUCCAGAGAAGAGAGGGUCUGGGAGCAGAAGUGUGUCUCCAGAAACGAGAGGGCAGAGGGAGAGGGCAUUGACCGAACAGCUGCCUCAAAGACGGAACUCAGAAAACAGGAACUCUGUCCCGAGAAUGGUCUCCACAGAAAGUCACAAAGAGGACAACCCAUAUGACUUCAGACACCUGCUGAGGAAGACGUCACAGAGGCAGAGGCUCAUCAAGCAGUACUGACUGCACCUGGGAAUUCUGCAUCAACAAAUUAUGCUCUUACAAUGGACUUUUGCAAUGACAAUUGUAGAUACUUUUAAUCAUGUAUAAUAAUGUAAAAUAAUAGAGACUAUUAAUGGAAAAGUAUUGAACUAUAAUGGUCUGGUUAAUCUUUCUCUUUUGUUCAUAAUUGAGUGUAUGUUUGUCUGUUCAAAGGUCUUGCCAUACACGGUCUAUUGUUUGACUUUUAUUAGUUAUCACGUGUAAAUAAAUGAAAGCCCCGUAUUUUCAGAAUGGAGCAGUUGCAUGUAUUGAUUUGUUGUGCACCAGUGGGCCUGUCUCUUAAAA